UGUGUGUGAUUGUGAUCAGUAUUAAUUUGUGUAGCAUUCAAAUUAGAAGUGUUUCAUGUUUAUUUAAUUUAUUUAAAUAAAUCUGUUCAAAAUUAAUGCAAUGAAAUCUAAAGAAUACAAGGAUAUUUCAGAAGAUGAAGAUGAUGACGAAUUGGAAGAUGAAGAACAAUCACAAGAUGAUGCCGAUGACAAUGAGCUCGAAGAGGAGGAAGGAGAUGAAAAUGAAGAGGGUGAUGAAGUAGAAGAUGACGAAGACUUUGUUGAGGAAGAGGAAGAUUUUUCAAAUAAUGCGGCUAAAAGUGCCACACCACGUCAGUCGUUGGGAGGAGGAAAUCAGAAAAUAGUGUUACAAAAGCCUAGUCAAACUACAAAGAAAAAACCCACUACGCAGAAAUUGGUGGAUGAAGCCAUAAAAGAACUUAAGGAGAAGCGUGGUUCAUCGAUUGAGGCCAUUAAAAAGUAUAUAAUGAAUAAAAUUCCCGAAACGGAUGAAAAACGUUUGAAAAUUCAAAUUCGUCGUUACAUCAAAAAUUGCUUGGAUGAUGGUACAAUGACGCAGAUAAAACGUUCCUUUAAAUUUACCAAUAAACAUGAAGCGAAAACUAAACAAAUAGAAAAGGAAAAACUAAAAGCUAAGAAGGAAAAAGAAAAGCAGAAACAGAAAUUGGCUAAAGAAAAGAAAAAACAGCAAAAAGAAAAACCCAAAGCGGAAAAGACUGCCACUAAAGAAAAGGCAAAGGAUAAGGAGAAAUCUAAGGAAAAAACCAAAGCUGGUAAAAGACCAAAGAAUGAAACGUCAGAUACUAAAGCUAAGCCAGCCAAGAAACCUAAAUUAGAGAAAGCAGAAAAAAGUGAUUCAACUGCUGGAAGUAAAACGUCUACUGAGAAAGCUAAGCCGAAAAAUAAAUUAUCUCGUAAAUCAAUUAAUUUGGUGGUUAGACCAACACCACCUCGUCCUAAAACCAUGAAAAAGACUAAAACAACCGCUGCAGCAUCUAAGAAGAAAAUUGAUUUUCCAGCACCAGCAGAUAAAGCACCGACUGCGACCACUAGCGCUGCAGUUAAGACCGCUGGUCGGGGAAAAAAGAAGUAGUUUUUUGCAUGUUAAUUUGCUGGUAUAAUUUUACAAAUGCUUUAAAUUAAAUAUAUGUUUGUUUGUCUUAAUUGAAUGUUUAUCUUUAAUUAUUUCAGUUCUUUUAAAUUAUUAAUAAAAUUUUUAUAUUUGUUUGUAAA